GUGUUGCGUUUAGUUUUUAAAUUUAUUCGGAAGUAAAACCGUGGCAUUUAAACUAAAAGAAUAAGCUAAAAUGAGAAGCCGUUCAAAAGGUCUGUGUGAAGAAACCAUCCCGUCACCAGCUGCGGGCCGCACUAAGCGCCCGUAUCGUCGGAAGUCACUUCAGUGUCGGCUUUGUUUACGAUUUUUAUCGAAGGAAGAAUUAGCGGAAGUAUUCUCCGGUAACGAUACCAGCAUUCAAGAGGCCAUCCGGGCUGCAGUUUCAAUCGAGAUAACAAAGCAGGACCGUACCGUUCGGAUUUGCCAAUCCUGUCUGAACCUAGUGCACACGGUAAAUGAUUUUCGAAUCGUUUGUGAGAGAACUCAGCAGCUGUUCUCGCAGGACCAACAGUCUCUAUCGGCUGGAGAAUUUUGGACCGAUCCAACGGAUCAAGAAGUAUUCGUUAAAUGUUUUACGUUAGUGCAACAAUGUAAGGAUAGUAUAGAAAAGCUUUAUUUGAAGCAGUAUGUCAGUUGCGGGAGUUUUCCCAAUAAUUUACCCAGCCAAACAUCCGAUUUACCGACGGAGCAUAAAGAAGAUAGUGAGGAUGAGAACGAACUGGCAGAUCUACGAGUCAAAAAUGAAGAAGAGGAAGUCAAAGCGGAUGUUACCGCUGGUGUGGAUUCAGAGGACAGUCAAUGCACACUGAAAUCAGAACAAGAAAGCAAAUCCGUACAGGAUUCUAAUGACGAUGACUCCAUGGAUGGAGAUCUAACCAAACCGGAACAGGAACUAGAUUCCAGUCAUGCAAUCUCAGAAAAUGAAAACCAAAUAGCGGACGAGGAAAGCUGCGAAGACCAGGAUCCCGAUUUUGAAAGUAAACCUCAACGAACGAAAAGGGCUCCCGAUGAGCCUCGCAGACGCCGAGGGAGACCAGCUCUACCCGAAGAACUGCUAAAACGUAGGCGCCGCAAACCAGGAGAACCUAAGAAAAAACCGGGACCUAAAAAUCGCAUCAAACUGCCAGCUCAGUCGGUUUGUGAAAUCUGCGGCAAGUUAGUGAACCGUGAAAACCAAGAGCGCCAUCGGAACGACCAUCUCGGCCAUCGGCCGUAUCCGUGUACGAUCGAAGGCUGCACGCAUGCCUUCUCCAGCAAGGCCGGCCUGCACGGCCAUCUGGCGCGGCAUGCCGAUCGGGACAACGUGUACGAUUGUGACAUCUGCGGAGCGAAAAUCAAAACCAAAAGUUCGCUGCACCGGCACCGGAAGAUGCACACCAUGGAGAAGCCGCACGCUUGCGACAUCUGUGGGAAGCGUUUCUGGCGCAAGAGCUAUCUGAAUCAUCACUCGACGGUGCACACGGGAAUUGCCAAGUUUCCCUGCGAGUACUGUGGGUUUGUGUUUAAGAAUAAGUACUGGCGGUCGUUUCACAUCAAGCAGAAACAUGUGGCUAAAGGGGAGGAACCGAAAUUCGAAGUGCAGGAGGCACUGCAGGAGAACGGGGAAAUUCCCGAAGAAGUGACUGAAAUUAGUAUCGAGUAUAUGUAA